GCAUCGUCUUCUUACCUUGGCGCAGGUACAUAUUAUCUUGUGAUAUAGCGUAAGAAGGAAGAAAAUAAAGAUCGAGCCACGAUGAAAGUCCAACGGAGCAACUACCUCCCUUACCUCCAACAUUACCUCGACGACCAAAGUGACCCAGAAGAAGUCAUCUUAGACGUGGUGUGCGCGAUCUGCCAGGAGUCCAAGCUCGAUAUCUCGAAGAGCGCGAGGGAAUUCGCCUCCUCGGAAGCACCGCCGAUUAAGCAUCUCGAAAGAUUCGGCCACCUUCCCCACUACGGCAGACACGGUCUGGAGCGGACGGUAGCGCUCGCGUGCGGCCAUGUAUUUGGCGAGCGCUGCAUCGGCGGGCUACUAGCCCAAGCCCAAGAUCUCAUCUGCCCGUCGUGCGGGUACAAGAUGGCAUACCGCGGUUGCGGCCACGCCAUCCCACCAGCGCUGAUCCCAGUCGACGGCCACGAACCCGUGCGGGACAAGUUCCCGCUGACGAUGGCGGAGGAGGGCGGGAGCGAGCCCCAGAACUGCGCCGAGUGCAGGUGGAAGCUGAUCCGGUCGAAUAUCCGCUACUCGCUAGCCGACGAGUGCGUCGCCUGCCGGCACAGGCCCGACCUGCGGAACGCGGCGGACGGAACCGGACAUCGCGCGCAUCGGGAUCUCCACAUGAAAUUCGGACUCAGACAGGCGCUGGACGAUACUCUGAGGCUGGUGUGGCCCGAGGUGGUUACGCGCGAGACGGAAUGGUCGGCGGAGAUGACCGCGGCGGACACGGACCGGCGCCAGGUGCACGCGUCGCUGCUCAACGCGAUGGUGCUGUCGGAGAUCGACGCGACUAUCUGGUAUCGCACCAAGGCCGGCAGCAAAGGCAGCAGCGGCACAACCCUCACCAAGGAACAGCAGAAAACGCAUGCGCAGGGCGUGGCGGCGAUCGAGCAGAGUCUCCUGGGCUGGCUGGUAAACUCUUCUCCGGCAUUCAGGCGGAUGUGGUAGAUGGGAAAAGAGAUGACGCGCGAGAGGGCGAGGAUCGCUAUUAAUUCACCGGCCCCCCUUACCUACAUAUGUAGGUGCACACACACAUACAUACAUACCCCUAGCUGGUGCCGUACGA